AUAAUUCCUACACAGAUUGAAAAAUGAAGAGACUUGCGAUCAUAUUCUCACUGGUUCUCCUCACUGUGGCUGAAAGACAAGAUCUUUCAGGUAAAAUGUUCACGUUUCCUGUGGCGUCCAAUACCCAUCAUGUGUUUCUCAACCCUGACGUGAACAAGAUCUUCUUCGCCGUUUCCGUGUGUCUGCGAGCUUUCUCCGACAUUGGAAGAGCUCAGAGCAUCUUCUCGCUUUCCCUGCCAUCAACAGACAACGCCUUUUUGAUAUUCAAACCAAAGCAAGGAGUGUAUAAUUUAUAUGUGUUAGGAGAAGCUGUUGAGUUUAUUGGCUUGCAGGAUGAAUCCAACGUCUGGAAUUCAAUAUGUGCUACCUGGGACGCAAGCACAGGACUCGCUCAGCUGUGGGUCAACGGAAACCCCAGUGUACGAAAAGGAGUCAAACCCGGAAGCUCUCUAACUGGAAUCCCAAAAAUUAUUUUGGCUCAAGAGCAAGAUAAUUACGGUGGAGGAUUCGACGCUACACAGUCGUUUGUAGGGAUGUUGACUGAUGUGCACAUGUGGGACUCUGUUCUGCCACCUGAUGAGAUUGCGUAUUAUAUGUAUGGUGGGCAGUUUAAUCCAGGCAAUGUUCUCAACUGGAACUCUCUAGAAUUUAUUAAAAAUGGGUAUGUGGUCAUCGAAAGUCAAAAACUGUCAAGUAAAGCUGAUAGCUCUUAGACUCUAGAGCAGGGGUCCCCAAACUUUUUUCUGUGAGGGCCACAUAAUUGAUCCUUUCUUUAUUGGGGGGCUGGUUGGUCUGUUACAGAAAAUGACAUUAGUUGGAGUUACUUCCAGUACUAUUGUGGAGAUUGUAUUAUGAUUUUAAAUGUAUUUAUUCUGCCUCCUAAUUCUAGAUUAGUUUAUAAUUUUGUUCUGCACAAAUGAGCGUUACUUUUCAAGAGAUAUAUCGCCUAUUAAAAGAGCAUUAUUACUAUCAUAAUGACAUUCUUUUUAUAUUCAUUGCAAUUGAAAUCAAAUAAUUUGCUAACUUAUGCAUAUGCAUAUAAUUACUGGGUGAAUCGAACAAAUAAUGAUGCUAUGUUAAUAACUAGACGUUGGCUGAUAGUGGAUUUUAUCGAUACCAAUAGCUAGGUUGGAUUGUACUUACCGAUAACCGAUUGAUCAACUGAUCAUUUUUUAAAAGGAUACUGGAUUAAAAACAAACACUCCAUGUACUUUAUUAUAAAAUAAAAUGUAACGAAUCAUAAAAUCAUAUUCAUUAAUAAAUGUAAUCAUAUAAUUAAUAAAUUAUAACUAAAAAAACAUAAUAUAGCGCUCUCUGCGCAGCGCACAGUCUCAUGUUUAAAAACAAACAGCAAGUUGCGUAAGUGAUAUGCCUCUAGAGGCCGCUCUCGUAAUGACAACGGACCUUGUUAGCCGAUCCGGCAACCCAGAAAAACUAUCGGCAUGGAUUUUUGCUCAUAGCUGAUAAUUCCAGCAAUCAGUUUCCUCUAUAAGUAACUAAGGAAAAUGUUUUGUUUGAAAGUUGACCUUUAUUGUCAAAUUCAGAUAUGAUAUGAGUGAAAAAUAUGUUUACAUAUACGUUUUCAAAAUAUGUCUCUUGCAUUGUUGAGAGGAACGUUUCCAAAUGUGGGGCCAGGCAGUAUUUUGGGGAUCCCUGUUCUAGUGGAAACAUGAACUAGAUGUGGAACCUGUGGUCUUUUAAUCCUUUUUAUUUCAUAAUAUUUUGCAUUAUAGUUUGCCUGCUGUAUUUUGUACAUGAUAUAUUUGUGCUUGGGGUGUGAAUAGAUGCUAAUCUGUCAAAUUCUUUUUAGAAAUAUUGUCACUUAAAAUUGUAAUAAUUUUAUUAUUACAAUUACAAUUAUGUUUAAACAUUACAAUUGUUGAAAUUGCUAUAUAGAUUGAAUAGCAUCAUAGUUUCAACUUCUGCAUGCCCACUUUAUUGUGUUGCUGUGUGUAUAUUUAUUUUAAUAAAAGUUUUGUGACUUUAAUACA